GCAUUUUCGACAGGCAUUGUUGGGACAUCAAAAUGCAAGACAGAUCCACCGAAAGACCCCAGCAGGAAAGUUUAUGAAGUGAUGGCGACUCGCCGCAGACUAAAGGCAGUUCUCAUUGACCUGAGCGGUACUCUGCACAUUGAGGAUGCUGCAGUUCCCGGGGCGCAGGAGGCUUUAGCCCGAUUAAGACAGGCUCCAGUCACUGUGAAAUUUGUAACCAACACCACAAAGGAAUGCAAGAGGACCCUUUUUGAGCGACUGCGCCAGUUGAACUUUGACCUCCAAGAGCAGGAGAUUUUUACAUCACUCACUGCAGCCCGUAAUCUGCUGGAGCAGAGAGCAGUGCGUCCCCUACUGCUGGUGGAAGAUAGUGCUUUAGAGGAUUUCACAGGUUUGGAAACGUCGGAUCCUAAUGCAGUCGUGAUAGGUUUAGCACCUAACCACUUCAACUACCAGACACUCAACAAAGCUUUCCAGUUAAUUUUAGAUGGUGCUCCUCUCAUUGCGAUCCAUAAAGCACGGUACUACAAAAGGAAAGACGGGUUGGCUUUAGGGCCGGGCCCAUUUGUGACGGGUCUUGAGUAUGCCACUGACACCAGGGCUACAGUGGUGGGUAAACCAAAGAAAGCUUUUUUCCUGGAGGCUUUACGAGAUCUGAACUGCUCACCAGAUGAGGCUGUGAUGAUAGGAGACGAUGCCAGAGAUGAUGUUGGUGGGGCACAGAACACAGGGAUGCUGGGAAUUUUAGUGAAAACUGGUAAAUAUAGACAUGGUGAUGAAGAUAAAAUUAAACCUCCACCUCACCUGACUUGUGACACCUUUCCAGACGCUGUCAAUCAUAUACUGGAGCAUCUCGUAGAAUCAAAAUAAUCUAAAAAUGUCAUUAAAGUGCUGUAUAGUUGAAUCAUUGUUUGACUGUCAGUUGUCUACAUUACAGUUGGCUGAUAAUCGUCAUCUGAAAAUAAGUAAAUACAUAAUAAAGUUGCUAC